UACUCCGCGCGAAUGUCAACUUAUGAACAAAACUGUUAAAAUAAUCCAAAUGCUUUCAAAAAGAAAGUCAUUGCAGAUGAAAAGCACUAAAAAUGUAUUUGUGUAGAUCCGUUUUACAUGUAUCUAUAAAGAUGCUUGUGUCGUAAUUAUAAAUAAAUAAAUGGCUAAAGAUUCAUGGUUAAAGUUCGUUCACGCAGCGUUUCAUACCAUUUUAAUUUGGAGAGGAAAUGUUGUGAUCACAAUCAGCCAAGUUACAGCGCAAUAGUUUCAGUUCACUGAAGAUGAGAGCUCAAUGCAUCAUUUGUCAAGAACUGUUUGAGAAUGAUGAUAUUCAGGUGGUAUCAGCGCUGUUUUGUGGGCACACUUUCCAUGCGGCCUGUCUCAACCAAUGGCUGGAAAGUGGCAGCACAUGCCCAAGCUGUCGAGAGCGGGUCGACAGAAAGAAAAUCGUACAGCGGUUGUUCUUUGACAGUCCUGAAGACACUGGAGAUGUCAUUGAUGAAAGCAAAGUUCAGAACCAACUGGAUAACCUGAAACUUGAGGUUCGUAAGGCAGAGAAAGCCAAAAAUGAUGCCAUCAAGCAGGCAGAGGUGAGAGAAGAGAAGAUAGGGAGGCUCGAGGCGUCCUGUGAGAAACUCACACAGCAGCUGAAGCAAGAGCAGAGCACGAGUAGUUCCCAUGUGCAGAUGUUGAAGUAUUACGAGAGUCAGCAGAAAUCUCUGGACCUGGAGAGAGAGGAGUGCAAGAAAGUCAAACAGAGGCUUGCUACACUGCAGAGUGUGGAGACACUUCUCAAUGGUUCAGAGUCAGACGCAGUGGAUAUCAUAUCAGCCAGCGGGGAGGGACCAGGGGCGGUACAGUCACUGUCUCGCCAGGUGGCCUUUCUGAAACGGGAAUAUGAGAAAUUAAAGCAUGAAAAGAGACAAUACAAAGAUCACUGUGAUAAACUGCAGUUGGCUGAGCGUACAAAGGCCAAGAAAUUGCAGGAAAUGGAGAAGAAGUGUGAAAUCUUGAGUGAACAGUUGGAGAGGUCUGAAGGCGAUCUAAAAAUAGCCGAGAAGCAUUUAGACAUUGUGAAAACUAAAAAUACCAAACUUGUGACGAAGCUUAAGAAAUUUGCCUCACAGUCUACCUCAGAGCCUAAGAUUAAAGGGAAAACGGGUGAUAGUGGAGAAUGUGGAAAAUGUGAUAAACUUUUACAGUCGGUACACAACAUUUGCGACAAGGACAAGGACAAAAAGUUUGAUACGUCUGCAAACAGCGCUAGUUUCAAUGAGUUAUUAAAUGACAGCGCUCGAUUUAAGUUGUUUUCUGCCUCCACUCCAAAACUGACUACGCCUCCUGACUCCCAGGGUAGUUAUGACCGUGACCUUGACCUCACACCAGACAUUUUCUGUUCUCCGUCCCCGGCAAAAACACAGAAAUUGCAAGAGGAUGAUUUAUUGCAAACUGGUACCUCCAACGUAACUCAGAGCACCGCACAAAAGACGCUCAAGUUUGCAUCCCAUACAUUUGCACGCAGUCAGUUUGCGUUGGAGAGCCAGACGCAAACAAAGGGAGGUAAGCGGCAUAUGUCGGACGAUGUGGAUGAGAAUGACUCGGAGAAUAAUUCGCAACUGUUUAAGUUAACUUCUGCAGCAGAGAAAAAUUCACAGAAAUUAAAACGAUUUAAAAGUGAAUCCUCCAUCAAGGAUUCGAACCAGUUGUUAAAUUAUGCAGGUAUGAAUAUUUUCAAGAAACGAGAGCUAGGUGAAAGGAAUACAAACAAGGGCAGCAUUAUUCAGCGAGGUUUUGAUGGCCUUGGUGGUCAUACAACGUUUGUUAAUGCUCUUGGAAAUCCGUUUAAGAAACCAGCUGCGAAAAAAACUGUGUCAAAACUUGGCAAGAUGCCUUCACUACCCAAGUUGGACAAUUUUAUAGUGUUAGAUUAAUUUUUUAUUACAUGUUGAGAUUGGUAAUUAAUCAUGACAUUGAUAGAAAAGGUGGUGUUGGAGUCAUGUGUUUAAGGUUACAAACAAUACGAUGUUCUAGCUCAAGCUAUUAAACAUUAUUGUGUAUAAGGAGGGAUAAAGAGUACAUGGUUUGUCAAAUGCGAUCAUGAAGCCAUAUUUACCAUAAACAUUUGUCAAAUACGAUCAUGAAGCCAUAUUUACCAUAAACAUUUAAUUCUGAGUCCAUAUUGCAUAGAAAUGCAACUUCUGUCAGUAAAUCAUGAAAGAUGUUUGCGCCCUAAUGGAGCUCGCUUUGUAGGUCCAGUUGUUGCAAAAGAAAUGCUGGUAACAAAGUAUUUUACCAAUAACAAAUUACAAUAGUUCUAUUAAUCAGAAUUUCCAUUUUGAAUCAUCAUUAUUGCAAAUAACUUUACAAGUGUUAUUAACCAGGUUUUCCGAAGGAAAAAACUGGUUAUUAGAUUGGCGAAUGUGGGCGGGCUGGCUGGCGGGCUUGCGGGCGGGCGGAACAAGCUUGUCCGGGCCAUAACUAUGUCGUUCAUUGUCAGAUUUUAAAAUCAUUUGGCACAUUUGUUCACCAUCAUUGGACGGUGUGUCGCGCGAAAUAAUUACGUCGAUAUCUCCAAGGUCAAGGUCACACUUUGAGUUCAAAGGUCAAAAAUAGCCAUAAAUGAGCUUGUCCUGGCCAUAACUAUGUCAUUCAUUGUGAGAUUUUAAAAUCAUUUGGCACAUUUGUUCACCAUCAUGGGACGGUGUGUCGCACGAAAGAAUCACGUCAAUAUCUCCAAUGUCAAGGUCGCCACGACUAAAAAUAGAUUUUUUUAAAAACAAACUUACAAAGGGGGUUAAUUUUGUUUGUUCAUUUCAAAAGUUCAGUUUGAGUUUUCUCCCUUUAUCAGAUUUUUUUUUCACAAUGAAAACCUGGUUUUGUGACAAUUUUGUCCCUUGUUUAUUCUGUGGUAUCAAUUACUGCGUUACUAGGGUGUUGCUAUAUGUUUGGUUACUGCAUACUUUUUUUAUAAAUAUUUCAUUUCUAUUUUGCAGCAACAUCAAAAACUAAUAUCAUGCCUUUUCUUUGCCUAUCUACACACGUGUUUAACCUACCCAUUCCCAAAGCAAAAUGAAAUAAAAAUCCCAAUUUAAAAAACAAAUCCAAUUUAAGAUUUUGUAUUAUUAAGUGUCUUAAUAACUCUUGUGAUAAUAACAUCUCAAUUUUACAUGUACAUGCAUAUAUAUUACAUCUAGCAAAUUACAAAGCUAUUUUUUGUAUGAUUUUGUUCUUAUAAUUUGAAUAAUUAUAAAUUGUUAAAGUUUAACUAUUUUUCCCAUAUGAGGAGACUUUUUGCGCAAAAAAUCGAAAUGCUGAAAUUGCUAUUUGUCCAAAAUGUCAAGGAAAAGGCCUAAAUAUUGAAGACAGAAAAAAGUAAUAUGGAAAUUAUUGUGAGAUACUUUUGUUACCAACAGUUAUGUUCAAUCAAUGCUUUGGCAAUACUAUUCUGCUUACUCACUGGCUGACUUUUUUUGUGCACAACUUUAUAAAUACGGUAUACAUACAUUUUCUACCAUGUCUGAAUCGUAUUUUGUUUUGAUAGUGAUUUAAAUAAAGUUUUAUUUUGCUAGAAUGAUAUAA